GAUGCCCAGCCAUAUCCAGCUGCGUUACCUGCAAGAGCUGCCACCAGGCUGGUUGAGCACACCACCACUGAUGAGGAUGGAGCUACUUGCACGAGAAGACCGCAGCCCUGAGGCUGGAACCGUGGCCCCAGCAGCCAGCACAGGAUCUGGGACCUUGGAGACCCCCAGGAGCCAACCACCCAUGCCGCCCCUGGAGCAGGGUCACAGGGAGAGGCUGGUGGAGCUUCACGCCUCUUUCGGGGAGUUGCUCACCUUCUUCUGCACCAACACCACCAUCCAUGGCACCAUCCGCUUGGUCUGCUCCAGCCCAAACCGGCUUAAGAAGGUGUCCUGGGGACUGCUGCUCCUGGGAACUCUGGGGGUGCUCUACUGGCAGCUCGGGCUCCUGCUGGAGCAGUACUGGCGCUACCCCGUCAUCAUGGCAGUGUCUGUUCACUCAGAGAGCAAGCGUUUCCCGUCUGUUACUCUGUGUGACAUGAACCCACAACGGCCCAGCUCCCUCCGCUACCAUCUAGAGGUACUCGACGCGUUUGCCCAGGAGAGCAUCUAUUCGCUCUACAAGUUCAACUUCAAGGAGGGCAGGGACACCCCACUCACAGAUGUCCCUGGCCCUGAGCCCCCAUUCAAGCUGGACCGAGGAGUCCGUCUGCAGUGGCUGAGGCACCUGGGCAACCAGCACAAAGUGGGCUUCAGACUGUGUAACAGCACGGGCAGCGACUGCUUCUACCGAACCUACUCGUCAGGUGUGACAGCUGCCCGAGAGUGGUACCACUUCCACUACAUGGACAUCCUGGGCCUGGUGCCCACUGCUGGGGAGAACAGCCAAGCAAACCACUUCGUCUUGUCGUGUCGCUACGGCAGUAAGGACUGCCAGGCUCAGCACUUCCGGACGUUCCACCACCCCACCUAUGGCAGCUGCUACACCUUCGAGGGUGUCUGUGCCGCGCAGCACCCGGGUAUCACCCACAAGAUCAGCCUGGUCCUCAGGACAGAGCCUCAAGUGGAGCUCCCUCUGCUGUCUACGGAGGCCGACAUCAAGGUCAUGAUUCACGGACACAACCACACGCCCUUCCUGGAGCACAGAGGGUUCAGCCUUCGGCCUGGGACUGAGACCACCAUCGGCAUCCGAGAGGACGAGGUGCGCCGGCUUGGGAGCCCCUAUGGCCGCUGCACUGACGGGGCGGAGGGCGUGGAUGUGCGUCUGCUCUACAACUCUUCCUACACCAGGCAGGCCUGCCUGGUGUCCUGCUUUCAGCAGCUGAUGGUGGAGAAAUGCUCCUGCGGCUACUUCCUGCACCCCCUGCCGGCGGGAGCCCAGUACUGCAGCCGCGCGCGGCACCCGGCCUGGGGUCACUGCUUCUACCGUCUGCACCAGGCCCUGGAAUCCCACCGGCUGUCCUGCGACUCUCGCUGCCCCAGGCCCUGCAGGGAGACUUCAUACAAGCUCUCUGCCAGGACCUCCCGGUGGCCUUCGGCUAAGUCAGCUGACUGGAUCCUUGGUGUGCUGGGGGAGCAGACCCCGAGCCCAAGCCCAAGCCCAAGCCCGAGCCCGAGCCUGAGCCCAUGGCGGUCCCAAACACCCCGGAGCCGCGUGGCCAAGGUGAACAUCUUCUACCAGGAGCUCAACUAUCGCAUGGUGGAUGAAGCACCCGUGUACUCGGUGCCGCAGCUGCUGUCCGCCAUGGGGAGCCUCUGGAGCCUGUGGUUCGGCUCCUCUGUCCUCUCUGUCGUAGAGCUGCUGGAGCUACUGCUGGAUGCCACAGCCCUCACCCUGCUGCUGGGCUUCCGCUGGCUCUGUGGAGCACAGGUGUCCCAGCCUGGAGCCAGUACUACGUCAGGGCCAGCCUGCACCUCACCCAGGGCCAGGGGCUGUCAGCCUAAAGUCACAGACCCUGGGCGCCCAGUGGGGGCUCUGGAGAUGGUCUUGGUGGAAGAGUUAGGCUGAGCGCCAGUGCCGACUCUACACCCUAACCAGCCUUGCCAGAACAUCUGGUCCGUGGGCCUGACCCUGAGAGCUAUGGCAACAGGGGGCUCCCCUGGCUGCCCAAGAUGAGCCAGACCAGCUGCCACAGAGUCUUCCGUGGCUACCCAACAGCCAAGGAAGCGGCAUGACCCAGCCAGAGGGCCAGUCAACAUCAGGCACACCCAACACAUCAGGGCAUCUCUUUGCCCAUCUUCCUGCCUGGAGGUGGCCUCUUCAGGCUCCAGGAAGUUCAGGACAGGGAGGAGGGGUGUUCCCACCUCUCCAUACACCUGUGUUCCAGAUACGAACCUACAGCCUUUGUGAGCAUGGACAGAAGGGCCUCUGCCUGCUGGUAUGUCUGAUUGGUGUCUCAUCUCUGUUUCCAACAGUUGGCUCUGUCUACACCUGUGUGUAGGUGUGAGUGUCUGGCAGAGCCUGCCUUAACCUCAGGGCAGCCUCUGGAUAGGCAGGAGGGAGUGUGUGCUGAUACCAACUCAUCCAGUGCCUCUACACUCCUCUGUAAUAAAACUGGAAAUUCCACCUGGUGACAAGCGUC